UCAGCACCAUCAGCAGCACCACCACCACCAUCAGCGGCACCAUCAUCAGCGACACCGUUGUCACUCACCAGUGGCGUGGAGUGGCGAGCCGGUCCCUCUCUGUUCCGUCUUCGUCUCGCACGUGGACAACAACAACAACGACGACACAAAAGGAGGCAAACACGGAGGAGACGAGGAGAGACACGAAGACCACCGUGAUCGGGGAACGACGAGUGGUGCUGGGGGCGCAGACUCGGGCGCAUUGCGGGCCCCUACCCGCAGGCCCGGGCGGCGCCAUGAACGGACGCAGCACCCGGCCGCAGCUGAUGGUGCCAGCCCGCCUCGACGGGCUGCCCCCGUUGCCCAAGAGCCUCAGCGGCCUCCUCAACUCGAGCGGGGGCUCGUGGCGUGACCUCGAGCGCAUGUGCACCAAGCGCUCCAUGAUCCAGGACGACCUCAGCCGUGCCCGGCGUGGCGGCGGGGGCGGCGGAGGUGGCGCCGCGGGAGAUUCUCGCCUGCUCGCCGGACGUCCUGGCAACAUGGAGUUGGCGCUGGCUCUGCUCCGCAAGGAGAUGCUGGGCCUGCGCCAGCUGGACAUGUCCCUGCUGUGCCAGCUGUGGUCGCUGCAUGAAGGCAUCCAGGAGUACAAGGGGCUGGUGCAGGACCUGGGGCCGUGCGGCCCCGCCUCCACGCCCGACGCACCGCUCUCCUCGCUCGACAUGAACGGCUGCUUCGACGACGACUUCGAGCUGGACCGUCCGUCGCCGGGCGGCUCCCUCUCCCACCCGUCCCCCUCCUCGUCCAGCGCUGCGACGUCGGCGAUGACGCCUCCUUCGUCGCCGGCUGCGCACUCCGGAUUCUCGUCGUCGGCGAUGGGUCUCCGGGGCGCAUGGCUCACAGACUCGUUCCACAUGACCAUCUAACGCCGUCCGUCGCCCAAAAAGAUUUUCCCGUUGCUGCUUUGUUAAUGCGCCGGCCAAGAGGAAAGCAGCCUUGGUUUCAUUUUCGUUUGUUCGUUCGAUCGUACGUUGUGAAACUGUGAUGGCCCGGCGAGACUUCCACGUGUUGUUCCAGAUGCAAGGGAGACCCUGGAGACCGUUAAAACAAAUUGCCGUGCUGUAAUUAAUUAACUCGUUCGUUAUGAAAGCUGUAUUUAUGAGCAGGUGAGUGCCCAGUGAAACUCCGGUCGCAAGGAGACACCUUUUCGAUUUGGGCACCGCUGGUGCGCGCGUGAUUAUGCAUGCCCGAAAUUAAAGAUAAUCGUCAUUUGUCGUAAAGGACAUCGUACACCGAGCUGUGUUUCAGCUUCGUGUGAAAUGGCAUCGGAGUUGAGACUCAAAGCGAUUGGAGAUGACGCUCGUCUAUACAGCAUAGCAGGCGAACUUUGCCAUUUGCCUUAAAACUUUGGUGACAUUUUAAUAUAAUUAUCAAAAUGGAAGCGCUGGCUUAAACAAAAAAAAACAAGCAAUGGAGAGUCAUCCUCGACAUAUCUCUGUUGAGUUAUUCAUAGGACAUUUGAAGGAUUAAAGGUGUGAUAAACUUCGUCUACUGACAAUAAUCUUGUUGUUUUCAUUGGGUAUGCAUGCCCAUCGAUUGUAGAAAGGCAGUGUAAAUGGUCUCAUCAUGCAUGACCUUACUUUUCGCAGUACAGAACAUUAUUGCCACCACACCUUUUCAUUCUGCUUGUGAUUAACAAAUAAAUUAAGGGACUCUGAAGUGGUUUCGGGUUUGCACCGCACCUUCAAUUAGCACGGUUGGCUGCAUACGGUGCAAACGAGGUUCAACAUACAUACGUACCGCAUUGUGUUGUUAGGGCACGGUGCCCUACGUGUUCGCUGCGAGUGCUGGGAGCUUUUUCGGUUCAUCAUUUCCCAAAAAGGCUCCCAGUAUGUGGAGCCAAGCGUUGGACAUUGUGCCGAACAACAUUCGCUACAUAUUCUUGGUUCUUUCGGUAAAGUCACGUAGAAGGGAAACAAUAAUUUUUAUUAUUUUAUUGUUUUCCUUCUACGUGACUUUACCAAAAGAACCAAGAAUAUGAAUCCCUGCAGUCACGAAAGCUUUAAAUCAAAACAUUUGGUACGACCCUAAUACGCAUCGGAGAACUAUCCCACACAUCCGCGAAUACCUAUGCAUUUGAAUAACUUAACUUAAAGGGGUACAUCAACAUUGGUGGAAAUUCUGUAGAUCGGUGCAAAAGAAGUUCAUCAUACAUACAUACAUAAAGUGUUUAAAAACAAAUUCAACUAUAAGUGUGCUCUUGCACAUUGUGUUGAUAGGCGUUAGGGAGACAGCUGAAACAAUGUAAAAAAUCUUGUAAUUUUCUCAGAUUUACCAUGUAAUCAUGUGUAUUUCCUUGAAAGCAGACCCCAAAAAGAUGAGAUGGACCAUGGCCCCAAUAUAGUUCAUUACUUACCUGCCACAAGUUCAGCGAGGCCAGAUUUUACAACACAAGCAUCUACAUUUGUAAAAUUCCAGAUAAACAAAUAUGCAUAUCUUAGAGGGUAGCACAGGGGUAGGCAACCAAAAUAACAAGUAUAGCAUUUUUUUUCGAAUUCGGUAAAUAACUCCAUAUUUCAAGAGUCGCAAUGCAUGUGAACACUGGAUGGUGGUCCUUAUUAAAUAACGUCAGGAAGCAGUCCUUAAAGAGCCGCAGGUUGCCGGCCCCGGGUGUAGCGCAUUCACUUGCGAUUCAAAGGUUCAAUAUCGUGACCUCACCAACGGUGUAUCACGUGGUGUAUUAACAACAAUGCAGUUCUCAAUAUUUGUUCUUGGCUUAGGCCACGCAGUGAUUUAAUUCCAAACUUCUCGUCAUUAACCCUCCAGCAGACGACAUACAGUAACUACCCCUACGUUUUAAGUUAACAAAGGGGAUGUUUGCAAAUGUUUUAUUUUAAAGUUUGAGCACAAUAAUGCUGUUGUAUUACAGUAAACACGCCGACACAAAUAUAUGUAAUAUUUCUACAAAUAACGCGAUCUGUUUUUGUACUAAUCGGCAUUCUCUUACCUUUUUAGUCCAGAAUAUAAAUCAUUUGGACUUUCAAAAGUUGGCAACAUAAAGUUGAUUAAAGCAAUUACCUGGAGUAUUGUGACCAUGAUCUAAGGCAUGGACUAGUAUGCUGUAUAUUAUUAUAGGUGGUGCUGCAUUCACAUCACUCUGUUUUAUGCCAGGAGCAGCGUUGGGGCAGUAACUCUUUGUUUCAGCCACGCAAGGAAGUGCCAGUUUGUGGUUUGUGUUCAGAAUCAGAAUCUUGCUUUAAACUGGAGGAAUCUGAUGAGCUGUGAAGCUCUUUUUUGCUUUUCUGGCUGUCCUUUAUGCAACUUUGAUUGAGUCGACAAAUCAUUUGGUGAUGCUGAUGCUGCCUUAUUGGGUAGUGGUGCACAAGCAUAAAUAACAAAAUACUCUAAAUUCAUCAAUAACAAAAAUAAAGUAUAUAAUCAGUGACGUUUCAUGCAAUGGCCCACCUUCGAAGCACGGAGAGAGGUCACAGAAGUGGUGUGCUAUGCAGAAGGGCCAUUGCCCAAAAACAUGAGCCAGUCAUUCUCCUUUUCCCUGUGAAGACCACGGUGUUAUUGAUGAAUGGGUUGAGGUUUCUUGGCCGGGUAGGUACACAGGACAAAAACAACACCAACAGAUCAGAGCGGCCAAGUGAGGCUGACAUUACAAGACAAGCCAACAACAUCGCGAUACCGUGGCUUGUGCCUUUGCUUUAAUGACAACACCACAGUUCAAAAACAAAUCGGAUAUUUCAGUGAAGCCAUAUAAUUCGUAUUUUGGUGAAAAUAUUUCUACUUUUUGUGGGGUUUCGGUGUUAAGUAACAUUUUGGUGAAGUGCCAAAAGGACCAAAUUCAACUCCGUGCGUGUCCUGGAAAGCUUUUGUACUCAAAUAUUUAGAGUCCAUCACGUACAGCCUCUUCUUUGCAGGUGGAGCUUCCGUUCCACAUUUUGUGGUGUGGCAAGAUUUGAAAACCAUUGUACGUCUCUGGAUUCCUCGACUUUGAUUAUGCAACAUAUACUCUCUCUAAGCAGGCAAAAACUGCACUGACUCAAUACGCAGUGUCUCUGUUAUCGAAAAGGUCCUUGCAUAUUAUAUAUUUUGUUUAUUUAUUUAAUAACAGAGUAUUCACCAGCUAUAAGUUACACUGUGAAAAUAUAGAGCUGGUCUACGUUUGACCUUCAACCCACUUUGUUAUUGUUGGGGUGCUGAUGGUACAUAGUGGGAGGGGGGGGGGGUGUUUUGUAAAGACAGGGGAGCUUUGUGCUUCAAUCGUAAGGGUCCCUUAAUCGCUGCUUUCCCAGGCUUAUCACCUGCCAAACAAUCUGAGUCCUGCUCAUUAUUUUCUGAAGCCCAGUCGCACAUUGGGGGACCCUUGUAAGCGUGCCAUCACCCAUCGACUUGUUCCUUCUUGGAAAAAAAAACUGAAGGUAAUUUCUUGCUCAUGCCACCCACCGAUGGAAUGCCUCCACUUGAGUGAGCUCUGGAGAGCCGCCUCCAGGGGGUAUUUGGCCUACUCUUCCACACUGGCCAGACGUCUUAAAAAAGAGAGGUGGGAGUACCUAGACUUUACCCCACAACGUGCAACCUGUCGUUCGACGUUCUGUGGCAGGCCCGUUCGUGCUGUCACGUGGUGUACCCGUUCGUGCUGCCACGCGGUGUACCCGUUUGUAAGGAGUAGGGGAGGCGGGAGGGGUUAAUAAACUAGCCUGUACGUUUCAACGUAUUGUACAUUGCAGUGAUUGUGACUGUUUUUAUUAUAUCUGCAUGCGCGCUCAAAAUAUAUCAGACGCACGUACCCUCGUCGGCCUCGUACAUUUGGAGGCUGUCCGCUGGUGCUCUUUUAAUAUCCGUGGUUUGUAAAGCGUUGUCGAUUGCAAGGUAAUUUUCGAGUAGACCAUUGCUAGCCCAGAGUGCGGUACCUUGUGGAAUUACCGGGGUUUACAUGCGCCAAGGAAAUUUAGUCUGCUAAUAAAACGGCUCCAGCACUUUCUGUGCAACUUGAGACUGGGGUAUGAAUCGCCCUGACUUGGUUAACCCAUCACUUUAGUUUACCGCUGUUGAACGUUUUUGUAACAAUUAUUUUGUUGCGUGUGUAGUGGUGUACAUUUUGUAAAUUAAUUUCAGUAAUGUAAUUUUGUAAUUUAAAAAGAAAACAAUUCCUUGACUGUUUGGCAGCAACGUCGAUGUGGACUGAUUUAAUGUGACAAUCUAAGAGAGUGAUUUCGUUUUUUUUCUUUAUGCAGGGCAUUUUUAUAAUACUUUGGAUCAAAUGCAGUGAAAGUCGAAAUUUGGUACAGUGCUUCUAUUUAUAUAUGUAUGGGUAGGAGUGACCAAUACUGUGCAGUGGGUCCUUGAUUGUGUGUGUGUAUAUGUGCAUAUAUAUACACAGUACUACAUAUCUGAACAUCAGGGCUAUUUUCAUGGUUUUCAACCGUAAUCAAAAACUGUUAAAGUUUUACCAGCAAACAGUGCCAGCCUAAAACUAUGUCGGUUUAUACAUCCUGGCCCGUUGACUUUUCCCCUUCGUGACUGCAUUUUGUUAUUGAUGGCAUGAGUUGUUGACAGGGUAUGUCUGCUAUCUCUUUGGAAUAUUUCAUUUAAUGCAACGUUAACUUCAAAGAGACGCGUGCGUGGAUGGCAUAGUGUGUACGUGCUCGAUAUACACACGGACGGAGCCGUUAAGGACACCUCACUGAUUUUCAACAACCCAUCGUAUCAACUGGGCGAUUGAUUGUUCAUGAAACCAAUUGCUCUAUAUCAUGGAGGAGAGAGUGUUAGUAUCGGCUAUACCUGUAUUGAGAAUGGCGGGAUACAUGUAGACGCUUUGAAUUAAAAUACUUUCUACUUUGAUGUCUCCCUUAUUUUAGUGGGGUAUCGAUACACGGACCACCCUGUGUACUCACCAUGCACUUUGGAUGCAUGCACAUUACCGCUGUCAUGGCUUGACUAUUACUGCAGAAGGGUCCCACUUGUUUGCUUCAACUUCCGCUCUUGAUCGUGUGGAUGUUCUCGCCGUUCCUAAUGGUUGUGAGCUGCUUUGAGUGUGGACCGAUGUUUAAAAUUGCUCCCCUGCAUUUUAGAGAAAAUAUUUCACGGGCUUAAAACAACACCUAAAGAUGUUAAAGCUGCCUUCUUACUAAAAGUUUGCACUUUAGUUUCGUUUUUGUAUCGUUAUCGACCGUCUGACUUGUCAUGUUUUGUGUACUGCUUUUGCUAAAUGUUUGAGUGUUCUGCUGCAUGCGUUCAUUACCUCUAUGUGGGGAAAAUCGUUUGGCCAAAUGGUUCUUGCCCUGUUGUCCUUGACUCGGUGAAUUCCAGAAAAUCGAUUGUUAUUUUUUUUACAAAAAUGACAUGAACACAGAUUGGAAAAUUUAAAGUUUGGAAGUGUGGAAAACAAUCCGUUAUUCUAUAUCAGCCAAUAAACAAUUAAAACUAAACACGGCCAUCUAUAAACAAAUACACAAUUAAAACUAAACACAUCCAACUAUUAAAAAAUAAACAAUUAAAACUAUACACGUCCAUCUAUAAAAUAAGCAAAUAAAACUAUGCACGUCCAUCUAUAAAAAUACCGUAAAAGUUUGUUUUUUUAAAUCAGUAAUACAUUGUGUAAUGGCCCUUCUUCAUAGCAGAGAAAACGGGCCAUUGCCAAAAACAUCACCGGUGUUAUUGAUGAAUGUGUUGUAUACACCGCUGCCAACCCAGUAUCACCAAAAGUGUUGUUUAAUAAAGACAUUUGGGUAACGAGUAUUAUGCAGCUUCAAGGCGAAUGGAGGUUGUUUUCUGACAUUUCAAUAUUUAAUUGGUGGCACAGGAUGCCUUUCCAAUCGUUGCCAUACCCAGCGAUGGUUUUUGUACAUCGAAAGACCCUUUGCGAAGUGGCAAAUGGAGACAAGUGUUUUAAAAUGGGCAUGUUAGGAAAUUUCAGUUGACCUCGCAUGUUUAGCUCUCUUUUGUGGGCACAUUGUUACUGUUAAGCUCAUCCAAAGCGUCGUGCUGAAUUGGAUGUGCAGCUUAGCCUGUUUGUGUUCUCGGCGACAUUUUGUUCGGCAACGUUUAUAUCCGAAACCUAACUGCUGAGAACCACGGUGUUUUUUAUAUUUAAUCCCAACAUGAAGAGUGCACACGCUUAAUGUAAAUGUCUGCUGCGAGUCAAUGUGAUCUGGAACCUGUUGACAGUUUGGUAAUAAAGGUGAGUGAUGAAAG